AUGACUUUAGUCGGAGCCAUAACAAUUUUACUUUCGCUUUCUGCUCAUGGAACAAAAAACUACAUUGCACUUAAUCGACUUAUUGAAAGGAUCCAAUCGGAAAGUAAUUCGGCUACAGUGUGCUUCAUUGGAAUAAAGGCUGACUUUUUGACAUAUUUUAUGUCUUAUCAUUCUGAUGUUCCGGUCUUACAUUUUUCUUCACUUGAAAUACAUUUUAAUGAAGUCUCCUCUUCCAAUGUUGUAAUAGUUUUCAACAGUGAUUAUAACAAUGAAAUGAAACAAACGUUCGUUAAUUUGGAACUUCUGGUAAGACAGCUUAAUCAUCGAAAUUUCGUGGUUAUUGUAUCAAAAAGCUAUGAUAAUCUCGAAGAAUAUUUUAAUUUCUUUAGUGAAAACAAGUUUACCAGAAUUUUCGGAAUCGUGGACAACACAACUUAUGUUUACUUCCCAUUUGCAUCACCAAGUGUAAGAGUUCGUCGUGUAAGAAACGAUGGCCAUCUUCCGAAUGCUUUGACAGAUCUCACCAAUUUCACAUUUCGUACAACUGUUCAAAAAGAUUACCCAAGAGCUUUUCGUUAUACCGACACUAAUGGACAAUCACAAAUCGGAGGACGUAUUGGAUUGAUGUUUGUGAAUUUUGUCCGAAUACACAAUGCAACAUUUGAGGAAAUAGUUCUUAAUAAUUCGACAGAACUCUACAUUCUUAGCGUAAUAAAUGCAACUCUUUUCGAUGAAAUUGACAUUAGCAUGAAUAUCUAUGAGAAAACAAAGGGUCUUGACUUGAGCUAUCCGGUGAAAUUUGAGAAAUGGAACAUUAUGGUGCCCAUAAAUGGCCAUUUGGAUCCUUAUGAGUACUUUAAGAGGCCUUUUUCCUCCAUUGUAUGGAUAUGUAUUGGUUUUACUUUAAUUUAUAUAACAGUUAUUGAAGUCUUCUUGAAUAUAUACAGAGGCAUAAAGCCAAAUAUUUGGCGAAGUUUUAGUCAGGGAUUUCUUACAAUCCUCUCGAGACCCUUGGAAAGACCAAUAAGUUCAGAAUAUUACAUAAUUCAUUGCCAGGUGAUUUUGUUUGCGUUUGUUAUGAGCAACUUGUACUACAUUCAUUUUACAUCGUUCUUAACGGUUUUUAUAAAUGUCAAACAAUACGAUACAAUAAAGGAAUUAGUGGAAAACAAUGUUGCUGUGAUGAUUCCUGAUUUCGAAUAUGAAUUGCUAUCAGAUUUUAAGAACUUCCCCCGAGGAUUUGAGAAAAGCUUUGUUCCUACUAAUAAUUUCAUUUUUGCAGCUGAAGUAAAUUCAAUGAGUAAUUUAAGCUUUGGUUCCACAGGAGGUGGUGAUAAAUGUGAAUUUUUAAUUCGUUUGCAAUCGUUCUAUAUGAAACCAUUAUUUCGCAAGGCUAAAGAGCCCUUAUCAGAAUAUUUUCUUGGAUUUUUACUACCAAAACAUUCCCCCUUCAAAGGAAUUCUUAACGAGUUUAUUUUCAGAAUCGAACAAACGGGCUUGCUUUUGAAGUGGGAUGCUGAUGCUGUAUAUCAAGCAAUCCUAGCUGGCCAUCCAAUAGAUGUUAAUACCAAAAGAUCGGAAAAUAGAGGGAAGGAAUUACCUUUGACAAUGCAUCAUUUGCAUUUUGGUUUUCGUUGUUUGACUGUGGGUUGGAUUAUUGGAGCAGUUCUGUUUGUUUGCGAAAUAAGUUUUGGCUGA